AUGUCAAAGCCUAGUCAAGAUAAGCAGAGCACGAGUGCAAAGAAUGAUACUGUUCAUACCGGUGAACAAGUGUUGACAAAGUCAACGGACCAAUUGAGUCAACCAACUGCUGAUUCUGCUCCUGAUCCUGCUCCUGAUCCCACUAUCACAUCCUCUUCUCAACCUUCAACAACAACAACAACUGCAGCAUCAUCCAAGGCUAAGCAAGAGACAAAGCCAUCAAGUACUGAUGACGUAGAUGAUCUUGACGAUUUGUUAGAUGAUUUUGCUGAUGAUGUGCUAAGCAAACCACCAGGUUCGACAAUCGAGAACCAAUCCCAAACCGAAAAGAGCAAUGCUACCACAGGUGUCCAACGUGAUUCGGAAACACCAAGAAAGGAUCCAACAAACCCACUUGGCGAAGAUUUUCAAAAGUCUAUUGCCGAGUUGAUGAAGGAUAUGAAUAUAGAAGAUCCCGAAACGCAAGAGCAAUUUGCUACCUUGGUCAGUCAGUUUGAAACUGAGCAUAGAGAGGAAGUUGAAAAAGAGUCAGCCAAACCUGCAAAUUUCGAAUACGUGAUGAAGGAGACAAUGGAGAGGUUGCGUAAAUCUGGAGAAGAUAUCGACUCAAAGAUCAAGAAUGAUCAUUUGGGCUCAAACCCAGAAGAUUUAUUAACACAACUACUUGCUGGAAUGGGCGAGAAUGGGUUGGGCGGUGCUGGUGAUAUGGAUAUGAGCAAACUAUUGGUUGAAAUGUUAGAGCAGUUGAGCUCCAAGGAGGUUUUGUAUGAGCCCAUCAAAGACCUUAAUCAAAAAUUCCCCGAGUACUUGAAGGAGAAUAAAGACAAGUUGGAAAGCCUGAAAUAUGACAACUACAAUAAGCAAUAUGAAAUCACGCAAGAGAUUGUCGAUAUCUUUGAAAGCAAGGAUUAUAGCGACGCUAACAAGCAGCAGCGUGACCAGGUUAAUACGCUUUUGGAGUCACUACAAGAAUUGGGACAACCACCAGUGGAUUUGGUAGGAGAAGGAGAGGGAUUUUUACCAGGUCUUGGUGGUGGUGGUGGUGCUGCUGCUGCAGGAGGUGUAGGUGGCAAUGACGCAUUUGCUUUCAACGACAAGGAUUUGCCGCCUAAUUUUGAAAAAAAUUUACAAGAAGGAUGCCAGCAACAAUAG